AUACGCAAUUCCCACAAUCCACACAUCAUUCAUCUGAGAUUCUGAGACCUUCGUAAAUCGGAAAAACCCAACUCGAGGGCUAGACAAAGGCUGCCGGAAAUGUCGUUAGGGCAAAAGAGUGCGACGGAUCCUGGUGCGAUGCUCACUUCCCUUUUAAACAAGCGAGAGAAGCUUCGCCAAGAGUUACGGAGCAUCGAGAAACAGGUUUAUGAGUUGGAGACAAGCUAUCUUCAAGAAUCGAGCCAUAUAGGAAAUGCUUUGAAAGGCUUUGAAGGGUUUUUGUCUUCCUCCAAGAGUAGUGCCAGUGCUAAGAGGUCAAGGAAGUUUCAGCCUGAAGACAGAGUCUUCUCUUUGUCCUCAGUCACAUCACCUGCUGCUGAAGAGCUUGGUGUUGGAAGAGAAGAUGGACGAGCUGAAUUGGGGCCAGGGCGAUCCAAGGGUGGUUUGUCCAGUGCACAGGGAAAGCCGAAGAAAGGGAGAGGACAAUCGAUAGCCAGAGAGGCGAAGAGAAGCAGACCAUCUACAGAACCAGAUUAUGAAGAUGAAGAUGAUCCGGAUUUGAAUAUGUAUGGGCAUGGUUCACUCAUGUAAGUUGGCAUUUUCUGUUUUGGUGCCUGACACAGUAAGAAACAAAUCGGCGUGUAGCCUUUUUGUUUUGCAUCCCAGAACAGAACUGAACCGAUCCAAGUAAAUCUAGAAACUAAUAUGCCAGCUU